AGGUAUCAUAAUCUGUGCAAUGUCGGAACACUCUCCGCGCAACGCUAUAAUUUCUCACCACGAAAGCAUCCCUUCGGCUCGAGUAAUCAUCAGACUGUUCAACGCAGUUUUCCAAUCGAACACCUAAUCGUAAUCUGCUUCCACAUUGCUUGCUCCAGAAUCAAACGAUGCCCGAUUAGAGCCUAGAGUCACUUGGUUUGUUGUAAAAUUACCGCAAUCAAUCAUAUUUUAGACCAGUCACCGGUCGGACUUGCACGAGUGUAGUAAUACUAUAAGGAAAUAAUCGUCUCAGUGAACGCCAAAAUGUUGCGCCUAUCGAAAUCGAUUGUAUUCUGCAAUAGAUUCCGAUCCCAGCUGAUCCGAGUUUCCCAAAGGUUCAGCUCGUUCGAGCGGAAUAUCGUGGAAUCGCCCUACAAGGUGGAAAUACAGAAAAUGUGCCUAACGGAUUACCUCUUCCAAAACAUCGAAAAAGCGGCCGACCAACCAGCCAUUUCCUGCGGUUCCAGCAAGCGCAGCUACAAUUUCGGCACAAUACACGAGAUGAACCGACGAAUGGGGCAUGCCCUUCUCGCACAGAAAGGCUGCGCAAUGCGCCCGAAGGAAGUUGUGGGCAUAUUGUUGCCAAACAUUCCAGAAUUCGUUCCGGCACUACAUGGCAGUUUGCUGGCAGGUUUGACGGUGACAUUCGCCAAUCCCCUUUACACACCAGAGGAAAUUUGCCGCCAGUUCGAGAACGCAGGUGUUCGGUUAGUCAUCACGCUUCCAGUGCUGCUUCCGGUAGCUCAAAUUUACAAAUCAAAAGCGAAAAAAUACCGAGGAACAGUUUGCAUCGGAGGUAAUCACAAUUUCGACGAGAACGUUUUCGGUUUUCAACAACUGCUGCUGGAAGACCAUCGUGCCGAACUACCCGAAGUUGAUCCCGAAGAUACGGCAAUAUUGCCAUAUUCGUCUGGCACCACUGGUAUGCCCAAAGGGGUAAUGCUGAGCCAUAACAAUCUAGUGGCUAAUCUGAUUCAAGGGUCACAUCCCGAGAUGAACAAAUACUCUAGGCCAGAGUUUGCUAACCGCAAUGAAACCAUCCUGACGAUUCCGCCAUUCUUCCACAUUUAUGGAUUCAAUGGAAUCUUGAAUUCAGUACUUAAAUCGCGAAACCAUCUGGUUUCGAUUCCCAGAUUCAUCCCCGAGGACUACAUCCAGUGUUUGCUGGAGUUCCGCCCAAAGUUCCUAUUUGUCGUUCCCUCGCUGAUGCUGUUUCUGGCCACCCAUCCGAAAGUGACCACCGAUCACCUGUCCAGCGUGGAUGCGAUUCUGGUAGGGGCGGCUGCCGCCUCGAUCCAGCUGCAGGAAAAGUUCAAACAAAAAUGCGGCAGGGACGUAGACAUAGCCCAGGGUUAUGGGAUGACGGAAAGCUCACCGGUAACGCUCUGCACACCACACAAGUACGACAUAUCCAAAGUCGGCACCUGCGGGCAGCUGUAUCCAAACACCCAAGCCAAGAUAGUUUCACUGGUGGAUGGAAGCAACCUAGGAGUGCACCAGUCGGGAGAGUUGCUCAUUCGUGGCCCACAGAUCAUGAAGGGGUAUUUGAAUAAUGAGCAGGCGACAAGAGAAACGUUGGAUUCGGAAGGAUGGCUUCAUACAGGCGAUGUAGCCUAUUACGAUCAGGACGGAUACUUCUACAUCGUCGAUCGAACCAAGGAGCUGAUCAAAGUCAAAGGAAACCAGGUUUCUCCAACUGAGCUGGAAAGCUUAAUCUUGGAACUACCCGAGAUUUCCGAUGUUGCCGUUGCCGGCGUGGCGGACGAAACGGCUGGUGAAUUACCGCGGGCUUAUGUUGUACUUAAACAGGAGCAUAGCUUGGACGAAAAAACUAUCGUCGAUCACGUCAAGGAACGAGUGGUAAAGUACAAACAGUUGGCCGCCGGCGUACAGUUUGUGAAAGAAAUCCCACGCAAUGCCGGUGGAAAGGUAAUUCGGCAGCAACUUCAUCUGCUCGGAGCACAACUGGAUGACUAAAUGGUGCGGUGCUGAGCCUUGCCGUGACGACAAAUUUUAGAAGCUAAUGUUUUUAUAGUUUUAGUUAAAAUGAUAUUUUGUGAAAUAAAAUUAUUUUCCACGAUUA